CCCGCUUCUCAAUCUCGUCCGUCGCGCGCGUCUUGAUCAGGUCAGCAAGAGAUGCGAAGUCUGUGCGUCGGACGCCAUCGGUUCCUGCUAAGAACGCCCGCUUCCCUCCUCCCCAUCCUCCGCAGGAGAUCUAGACCCAGCCGCGCAGCUGCAGUGAUGGUGACGCUGGUGGCGACCACUGCCGACCCGGCCUCCGUCGGUUCCGUCUCUGCCUUCCUCGCCAUGCCCGGAUGGAACCCCGGCCCUUCCGUCGCCGCCGGGAUGGAGCGUUUCGCGAACGGGGCGGUGCGCCUGCUGAAACACCACCGGGGCAUCGUCGAGGAGGACGACCUGGACCGCCGCUGGGAGGUGGCCACCGGCGAGCACGUCCACCUGUCUAGUAAUAUUAGAACUAGACAGCAGGCUGCUAGAUAUGAUGACUUGGAAGAUUUGGUAAGCAUACUUUCGGUGGGCAUUUCUCCUAAUUCCAGAGAUUCUCAAGGAAGAACAGCUCUUCAUAUGGCCGCUGCUAAUGGGCAUCUUGAAAUUGUCGAAUAUCUUAUUCAGAACGGAGCAGAUGCCUCCAUGAAGCAGGAUUUGAAUGCUUUGAACUCUGAAAAGAAUUCACCACUUCAUUGGGCUUGCCUCAAUGGACACAUAGAGGUAGUCAAACUUUUGAUCCAGGGGGGAGCUAGCGUAAGUUUGCUAAACAGCCAUGAGAGGACUCCAAUGGAUGAAGCUGUGAGCAGAGGAAAGAUGGAUGUGAUCAAUGCAAUCAAUAUGACGGUAGCCCAACUCGAACUUGAUGAUGUUAAUAUAUCUUAGCACACGAGCUAUACUACAAAAACUUCCUAAAACUAGUUUCAUAAUGCAAGAAACUAGUUGCUUGCACGAGUCAGGAGUUUCUUCUUAUGACAAAUGCAUCAUGUGAAUGAUCUUUAUCUUGUUUCGCCUCACUAUUAAACGAGUUAAUAUGUUUCAUUAUAAAAUCUUUGAUGUGAUUGAUAAGCAUGAAUUAUCAAGACAUUGAGUUCAAGCGAACCUUGAUCUGA